UACAGUUCAGAACAUUUAUUCACUUUACUCCUCAACUUAGAGAAUCUGAAGCAGAUACCUAUGGCAAAUAUUCAAGAAAAAACUAAAAUCACUCCCAGUGAAAAUGACGGGACUGGAGCUAUCACAGAUACAAUGGAAUUAGAACCCCGUAAAUACACCGAGCUCCGGACUGAGGCUAUCAGGCAGAUGAAUGAAAAUGGAGAACAAACUUAUCCUCAUAAAUUCAACGUGAAGAUGACUCUGUCUCAGUUUAUUGAGACAUACAGCAUUCUCAAACCUGAGGAGCACCUGAAAGAUACAGUGACCUCUGUGGCUGGCCGAAUUCAUGCCAAAAGACACGCUAGUGGAAAACUAGUGUUUUAUGACCUGAGAGGGGAAGGAGUUAAACUGCAGAUUAUGGCAAAUGUCCAAUUCUAUGAGUCUGAGGAGAAGUUUGUGAAGAUCAUCAAGGAUCUCCAUCGUGGGGACAUUGUUGGAGUUGAAGGAAAUCCCACCAAAACCAAGAAAGGAGAGCUCAGCAUUGUGCCAACCAAAAUUAUGCUUUUAUCUCCUUGUCUGCACAUGCUCCCACACCUUCACUUUGGCCUCAAAGACCAGGAGAAAAGGUACCGCCAGCGUUAUCUUGACUUGACCAUGAAUGAGUCUGUGAGGCAGAAAUUCAUAACAAGAGCUGCAAUUAUUAAAUAUCUGAAGAGUUUUUUGGAUGAUCUGGGGUUUCUGGAGGUGGAAACCCCAAUGAUGAACAUGAUUGCUGGAGGUGCUGCUGCCAGACCAUUCAUCACACAUCACAAUGAUCUGGACAUGAACCUAUACAUGAGAAUUGCUCCUGAACUCUUCCUAAAGAUGUUGGUUGUAGGAGGUCUGGACAGGGUGUAUGAAGUGGGCCGUCAAUUUAGAAAUGAAGGCAUUGACCUAACACAUAAUCCGGAAUUCACCACUUGUGAAUUUUACAUGGCUUACGCAGAUUACAAUGACUUGAUGGACAUCACUGAGAAACUCCUAUCAGGCAUGGUUAAGCAUAUUACAGGAGGCUACAAGAUCACUUAUCACCCCAAUGGAUCUGAAGGUGAGGCAGUGGAAAUUGAUUUCACUCCCCCCUUUAGAAGAAUGAGGAUGAUGGAUGAACUUGAGAAGGUCUUGGGUGUGAAACUACCAGCUGCAGAUACUCUGGAUACCAAAGAGGCUUGUCAAUUUCUUGAGAAACUCUGUGAGGAGAAAACAGUGGAGUGCAGUACACCAAAGACUGCAGCAAGACUUUUAGAUAAGUUGGUAGGAGACUUUCUUGAGGUUUCAUGCACCAAUCCCACCUUUAUUUGUGAUCACCCACAGGUCAUGUGUCCACUGGCAAAAUGGCAUCGAUCAGAGAAAGGACUAACUGAACGCUUUGAACUGUUUGUCAUGGAAAAGGAGUUGUGCAAUGCCUAUACCGAGCUGAACGAUCCACGUAAACAACGGGAACUGUUUGAAGAACAAGCCAAGGCAAAGGCAGCUGGUGAUCUGGAGGCCAUGGAGAUUGAUGAAGAUUUCUGUACAGCUCUGGAAUAUGGCCUCCCCCCAACAGCAGGUUGGGGACUUGGAAUUGACCGUCUCACUAUGUUUCUAACAGACUCCAACAACAUAAAGGAGGUCCUUCUGUUUCCAGCCAUGAAACCUGAUGAAACCAAACUGAAAGCUGGAAACAGGGACAAUCUGGGUAACCGAGUGGUGAUGUGACGUGCAUCAUGAGGCAUGUUUUUCUUCAUUAGUUUUGGGAUAACACAUAUACAUAUAUUGCUUCAUGAUAGGGAACUCCUUUAUCUAUCAAUGUUAUUAUAAUUCAGCAGAUAUUAGGCUCCACAACGAACAUGUCGAAUGGAUGCUAAAUUCUUGAAAAUGCUUUUUUAAGCUUUGUUGUCUUCUGCGCAAUGUGUAAAUUAUUUACACAUUAUUAUUACAAUUUGCUUUUGAUCUUACUGCAAUUAGCCAUUAAAUUCCUUAUUUAUCUGCAAAAUUGUCAUUUCAGUU